CCCGCGGCCCGCCGCAGCCGCCAUGACCUACACGGCGGAGCAGUUGGACGGCGUGCGGCGAAUAAAGCGGUGUCGGAACUACUAUGAGAUCCUGGGGGUAGAGAGGGACGCCAGCGAGGAGGAACUGAAGAAAGCCUACCGCAAACUGGCCCUGAAAUUUCACCCCGACAAGAACCGCGCUCCCGGCGCCACCGAGGCGUUCAAAGCCAUAGGCAAUGCCUUUGCGGUCCUGAGCAACCCAGAGAAGCGCCUGCGGUACGACGAGCUGGGCAGCGAGCAGGAGCGCCUCGGCACCGGCCCCGCCAGGCACUACGACUGCUACACUGAGUUCGAAGCAGACAUUACACCAGAAGAAAUAUUCAAUGUCUUUUUUGGGGGGCACUUCCCUACAGGAAAUAUCCACAUGUUCUCAAAUGUAGCCAGAGACUCACACUAUUACCCACGGAGGCACCGAGCUGAAAGAGCAUGGACACAGGAGCAAGAGGAGGAAGAAAACAGGCCACAGAACUCCUACUCUGCAUUUCUUCAGCUGAUGCCUGUUUUCAUCAUCAUCAUCGUGUCGGUUAUAACUCAGCUGAUGGCCACCAACCCGCCCUACAGCCUCUUCUACAAAUCGUCCAUCGGCCACGUUAUCAGCAGAGAAACGGAGAACUUGCAGGUGCCUUACUAUGUUGAUAAAAACUUUGAGAGGAACUACCAAGGAGCAGAGCUGCAAGAGCUCGAGAAAACAGUUGAAAAAGAUUACAUAGACUAUAUUCAGACCAGCUGCUGGAAGGAGAAGCAGCAAAAGUCUGAUUUGUCCAACUUGGCCAAGCUGUACAGAGACGAGCGGCUAAAGCAGAAAGCAGAGUCCCUGAAACUUGAGCACUGUGAGAAGCUCUCCAGUCUGAUUGGAAUGCACAAAGGGGGCUGAGCCUGGCAGGCACCUUCUGGACUUUUUAUUUAUUGCUGGUUUAAUUGAAUUCCCUUUUUUUUUUUUCCUUUCUAUUUUCCUCUGCCUAGAAAAGGGAAGGAGUCUGUUGUAAAGAACCUGAGUACUUGGUUCCUUCUGCAUGUAGUGCAGAGCUGGGCCCAGCUGAGCUCUAGAGCUGGUGCCUGCUGUACCACAGACACUGUACACACUAGAUUGGGUUCCAAGGACCAGUGGCACUUUGUACAUUAAUCCCCUGGGAAACACCCUUAGUUUGGAAGCUGUCUCCAUCGCUGCUCUGUCUGCCACCCAGACUCCCCAGGAGAGCAGCCCAACGCCUUUGCUUGCUGUGUUUGACAAGGACCUGCAGUUCACUCCAUCCCCCAGCAGCUGACUGCAGCAGCCUUCUCCUGCUGACACCACCUGGGCCUCCUUGCUUCUACAGAGCUGUUUCUUCUGCCAGUGUCACAGCCAACCCUUGACUUGGAAGAGUCAAGCAACCUGCUGCAGGUGAGCACCCCAGCGGGCUCCCAGCUCCCCCUGACGCCACGGAUGGAGCCCUGUCCCUGUCUGAUUGAGGGCCUUGGGAUGUAACCACUGGAGGGCCAUGGGACACAAGCAUGUCCUCCUCUGAGUGGAGGGCCAUGGGACACAAGCAUGUCCUCCUCUGAGUGGAGGGCCAUGGGACACAAGCAUGUCCUCCUCUGAGUGGAGGGCCAUGGGACACAAGCAUGUCCUCCUCUGAGUGGAGGGCCAUGGGACACAAGCAGGUCCUCCUCUGAGUGGAGGGCCAUGAGCUGUAAACCACUGGAGGGCCAUGGGGCACAACCCCCCUAUCCUUGUCUGAUUGGAGGGCCACGGGAUGUUAACCACUGGAGGACCAUGGGCUGCAGUCCUGUCCUUGUCUGACUUUGAGCUAUGGGACUGAGCCCAUCCUUGUCUGGCUGAGGGCCAUGGGGUGUAUCCACUGGAGGACUAUGGGAUGUAAUGGUGUCCUUGUCUGACUUUGAGCCCCAUCCCUGCCUGCCUGAGGGCCAUGCCUGUUCCCUUCUGGGGUGACACAACGGACUGAGCUGCCAGCAGGCAAGAAGCUGAGAGCCUGUGAGCUGCACCAUCUCCAGCAUCUGCCAAACUGUAGAGAAAGGACAACUUGUGUUUAUUUCAUCUUCUCAUGGGCAUAUUUUUCAGCUGGCUGUUUCACUCUGAUUUUGUUGUAUCUGCAGACUCUUCUGUUGCAGCUGGUACAGGGGUCCUGCUUCUUUCUGUUUGUUUUUUUCUGGUACAGUUUUGAUGUAGCACAUUUUUACUCUGCUGAGCAGUUCUGGAUGUUUCAAUGUUAGUACUGUAAAGAGAAAGCUCUGUGUAGUAGUGUCCUGUUUUUUUCUUGACCCUCCUUUGAGAAGCCAGGCCUUUAGAGGCAGGUUGAGGA